AUGGACAAAGACACGAGAAUUCUUAUCAUCGGUGCCGGCUGUUUCGGCACCUCGACGGCAUAUCAUCUCGCACAGCGUGGCUACACUUCCAUUCGUGUAUUGGACCGAUAUCCCCCGCCCUCUUGUGAAGCUGCCGCGACGGAUAUCAGCAAAAUCAUCCGCAGCGAUUACAAUGAGCCCUUGUAUGCGCGACUCGGUAUUGAGUCCAUUUCCGCAUGGCGGUCUUGGCCCUUGUUCAGUGGACUCUAUCAUGUUCCCGGAUGGAUUCUGAGUGCCGCAAACUUAUCAAAGCCCUUUGUCGAGGGCUCUAUCGAAACCUGCAAGAAGCUUGGGGUGAAAGGCAUUGAGCGACUUACGCCAGAUUCAAUUCGCUCCCGCUUUCCUGUGGUCACCGGUAAACUAGAUGGGUGGAACAUCAGCGUCUGGAAUCCGAACGCUGGCUGGGCGGCUGCUGGCAAGGCUCUGGAGCGGAUGGCCAAUGCUGCGCAAGAGAAGGGUGUCCAGUAUAUCUCCGGAGAGAAGGAGGGGUAUGUGCGGCAAUUGAUAUUCGACGAGGCGACCGGUCAGUGCAAAGCAGUCAUGACUGCCGAUGGCACUAAACAUGAGGCCGACUUGGUGAUUCUCGCUGCUGGGGCAUGGACACCGUCUCUACUAGAUAUGCAGAGUCAGUUGACCGCCAAGGGUCAUGCCGUUGCUCAUAUCCAACUCACUCCUGCGGAGACCAAGCACUAUUCCUCUUUCCCGAUUAUGGACAAUCUUGAGCUGGGCUACUUCUUCCCUCCGCAAGCAGACGGGGUCUUCAAGAUGGCCCAUAGCCAGUUCAUUACCAACACGCGAACGGAUAAAAACUCGAAUAUCACCACUUCAAUCCCACACACUUUUGUGCAGGCACCGAAAGACGGCCUCCCACUCGAGAUUGAAGCCCAGAUGCGCUGUAACUUGCGACGUGUCCUACCAGAGCUGGCGGAUCGACCCUUCUGUUAUACUCGUCUAUGUUGGGAUGCUGAUACAGCCGACCGGCACUUCCUUGUUACUCCCCAUCCGAGCCACAGAGGGCUAUUCCUUGCUACGGGCGGGUCUGCACAUGGGUUCAAAUUCCUCCCGGUUGUUGGGAAGUAUGUGGCAGACUUGCUUGAGGGCACACUGGAUACAGAUAUUGUGAGCAAGUGGCAGUGGCGCGCUGGGCAGAAGGUCGAGGCCAAGAAUCUCGCUCACAUGGACCCUGAGUUGGAAUUGGAGGACCUUACGGGGUGGAGAGGACGGCAAGCUCGUGAAACAAGCCAUACGUCUAAGCUAUGA